GACCACUGUUGUCGGUGGGAUCAGCCGCACGGUGGUAUGUCCGAAAAACCGAUUGUACGGUGAUUCCAUCAGCUGUGGCGGUGACUCAGUCGAUUGCCAUUUCAUUUUUGGCCUACAAUAACGUUUAGCAUUUAAUUGCAUUCGCAGAACCCGAAACGAAUCAUGGCGAAGCCGAUUUCUUGUGAUACGUUUGUGGUGUUGCCCAACCAUACUGGUAAUGGGGUCGUUUUUGGCAAAAACUCCGACAGGCCGAAGGGUGAAGUACAGGAAGUCGUCUAUUUCCCUGCAACCACCUCUUCAGACCCAAUUAAAUGCACCUACAUAGAAGUCGAAUCAUCUGGAUCCACCAAGGCUGUCAUUUUAAGCAAACCGAACUGGAUGUGGGGUGCUGAGAUGGGCUCAAAUGAAUGUGGUGUAGCAAUUGGCAAUGAAGCAGUCUGGACUAAAGAUAUGGGAGAUGAAGGUGAAAAAAGAUUACUCGGAAUGGAUCUUGUAAGACUGGGUUUGGAACGUAGUUCUAACGCAACUGAGGCUUUAGAUGUGAUAACAUCAUUGUUGGAGAAGUAUGGACAAGGUGGUCCUUGUUCUAGUACAGAUCCAGGUUUUUCUUAUUAUAACUCAUUUUUAAUUGCUGAUCCAAAUACUGCUUGGGUAUUAGAAACAUCUGGGAAACAUUGGAUUGCAGAACAAAUUACCAGCGGAUACAGAAACAUUUCUAACAAUUUGUCAAUUACGACAAAAUACGACAGAACUUCUGAAGGUCUGAAGGAUUACGCAAAAUCAAAAGGACUCUGGGAUGGAGUUGAGGAAUUCAACUUUGCCAAAGUAUUCGGCGGCCCGAGCGAGAUCAACGGUGAGCGAUACGUAGCCGGGAAAAAGUUGUUGGAGAAACAUGCGGCCUCUAACGCGUUUAGAGAGACGGACAUGUUCGAAAUUUUAAGGGACACCGAGUCCGGAAUUUGUAUGUCCUGUAGCGGCGCAUUCCCCACGCAGGGAAGUCAAGUGUCGACGUUGACGACAAACAAACCCAGUGUACAUUGGUUCACAGCAACACCAGACGCUUCCCAAUCCGUGUUCAAGCCGUUCAUCUUCACACCGAACUCGGUGAUUUCCAAACACACCCAGUGCAGUGGGGAGGUGGCACCUCACAACUUGUACAAGUUGCACGAGGAGGCGUUGGAGAAGAAACCGGAAGUUUUGACAUUGCUUAGGAACAUGGAAGACGACUGCGUUAAGGAAUUAGAAAAACUCACCGAGAGUAUCGGCGAGGACCUCUCCGAGGUGGACGAUUUGCUCAAAGAUUGCGUCGAAACUGAAAUUAAAUUCUACCGUUAAGUCUGAAGAAAUUCGACGAUAAGAUAGGCACCACGUAUAACACUAGAGUUACGGCUGUUCGAUUUCUACGAUUUUUUAAAUUUAAUGUGACUUAAGUAAUACUUAUUUUUUGUAGCUUAAUGAGUGGGUAAAGAAGUAAUUAAAAUAUUGGGCUUAAUUGUAAGUGCUGAUUACACAUAAUGGUAACAAACUUAAUAGAGAAAUAAUUAAAUAUUACAUUGCUUCUUUCUUGUAUUUAUUACAAAUAGGCCAAAUAAAAAAGUAUGUUUAUGCUUAAAACCGCAUGAUUAAGCUUUAAAAUAUGUGACUUUAUGUAAUCGACAAAUUUAACUUGUUUAAACAGCCACUGUGAUUAUGUAUGUGUAUUAUUAUAGUUUAACUAUACCCCAUAUGAUACAGGAUAUGUUUUAUUGUGAUAUUUUUUAAAAUGAUUAAUUUAUAUUGUCGACACAAAAUUGCUUAUAAUGUAUGUAAAAUUGUAUUAUUUGCACAUUCCAUAAUAAAGGCAAGUAUAAAUAAA